AUGACAGUCUUUGAAGGAAAAAUCAGACACCCUAAUGGCAUCAUAAUGAGCAUUAGACAAUUCUGCAUGAAAUAUAAUAUUCUAGGCUGUGAGACUAACUCUAAAAGCAGAAACAAAACUAGCAUAACUAAGAAAAAAUGGGAGAAACCUCCUGAAAACUGGUGGAAGCUAAAUUUUGAUGCUGCUUUUGAUAAAGACAAAAAUAUUUGUGGUAUGGGCCUAAUAUUAAGAGAUUGUGCAGGGAGAUUCUUGGAGGCCUUGGUGAAAGCUACAAAGGCCAGAGAUGUUGAACAGGGAGAAGUCUUAGCUCUUCUAGAAGAUACGAAAUGGAUUAGGAGUAGAGGGUGGAAAAAUGUCAUCAUUGAAGGAGAUUGUAAGACUGUUAUUGAAGCUGUGACUUCAAAUUUUAUUAACUCUAGCUGGCAGGACCAUAAUCUUCUUUCGGAUAUUAGUAGGAACUUAGAAUCUAUUAGUAACAUCAAAUGUGUUUUCUUUCCUAUGACUGGUAAUGAAGCGGCUGAUGGAUUAUCCAAAUAUGCCAAGAAGUUUGUGUGUAAUCAAGUGUGGUCUGAAAAUCCACCAAGAUGUAUCCUCUCAACUCUUGAGAUGGAUAAUUCUAUGUAA